GGAGAGCGGAGAGCUCCGGCUGCGCGUGCGGAGGGAGAGGUCCACUCAUUCAUUCAGGAGACCGGGAUGUGCUAGCCCGCCGGAGCGCGCGAGGAGCCGCAUCCCGCUCGCAGAUCAGCGCGUGACCUGCUCGCUUACCGGACGUCCUCGGCGGGAGGCUCGUGAACCACCUGCGGUUCGGCUCAUGAUGUGACUGUUGAGCUUCAGCCUACCUGCAGGGGGGAGACAAAGAGCUUGUUUUGGUGUUUGGCAAAGCUGGGCUGCUGAGUUUGUGCAAAUUCUCUAAGAAUGGAGCUACGCCACAGCACCACACUUCGCCGUCGUCUCAACUUGAGCUUCGAGUUUGUCUCCUGCCUUUGGUUUGUUGCAUCGUCCAUCUGCUCCGCCCAAACCAUGAACACAUUCCAGUUGGACAGGAGAGACUGGAGCCUGAAUCAUCUCGCUGUCCACCAGUCAACUGGCAUGGUUUACCUGGGCGGAGUCAACCGUAUCUAUAAGCUUUCGCCUGAACUCGAUCUUCUGGUGACCCACAACACCGGACCUGAGCUGGACAACCAGGCCUGUUACCCUCCGCUGAUAAUGCAGCCGUGCUCUGAGCCGCUCUCGUACACCAACAACGUCAACAAGCUGCUGCUGAUCGACCACUCACAGAACCGGCUGCUAGCCUGUGGAAGCCUUUACCAAGGCGUUUGCAAGUUGCUCAGGUUGGACGACUUGUUCGUCCUGGCCGAACCGUCCCAUAAGAAAGAGCACUACUUCUCUAGUGUCAACCGUACGGGCGGCAUGUGUGGAGUGAUUGUUAGCCAUCACGAUCCCCGCGGUUCCCGUGGCGAUGCUACGCUCUACAUUGGCACAGCCGUUGGAGGAAAGCAGGACUACUUCCCCACCAUCUCGGCCCGCAAGCUGCCCAAGGACCCUGAGUCGGCAGCCAUGCUGGAUUACGAGCUUCACACGGACUUCCUGUCAUCGCUGGUAAAGAUACCCUCAGACACGCUAGCGCUAGUCGCGCAGUUCGACAUCUACUACGUAUACGGCUUUGCUAGCGGCGGAUUCGUCUAUUUCCUGACGGUGCAGCCAGAGACCUCGGAUGCCGGUGGCUCACCUGGUGAUCUUUUCUACACUUCGCGCAUCGUACGACUCUGCAAAGGCGACAACAAGUUCCACUCGUACGUCUCACUGCCUAUUGGUUGCGUCCAGAAGGGGGUGGAGUACCGGCUCCUGCAGGCAGCGUACCUGGCCAAGGCCGGCAGCGUCCUGGCCAAAGCGCUAAACGCGAGUGAACAGGACGACGUGCUCUUCGCCGUUUUUUCCAAAGGACAGAAACAGUACCAGAGGCCCUCGGAUGACUCUGCACUUUGCCUGUUCACCAUCCGGGACAUCAAUUUGCGGAUUAAGGAGAGGCUGCGCUCUUGCUAUCAGGGUGAGGGCAAUUUGGAGCUGCACUGGCUGCUGGGAAAGGAUGUCCAGUGCACGAAAGCGCCUGUCCCCAUAGAUGACCAUUUCUGUGGUUUGGACAUUAACCAGCCUCUGGGCGGCUCUGAGCUCGUCACAGGACACACAGUUUACACGGAAACAGCUGAGCGAUUGACUGCGGUGUCCGCUUACAUCUACGAUGGCUACUGCAUCGGCUUCCUCGGCACGCGUGCCGGAAACAUCCGGAAGGUGCGUGUAGACGGGGCUGUAGGUGUUGUGUAUGAGUCGGUGCGGGUGAUGAAGGAUGGGAGCACCAUUCUGCCGGACAUGGCCUUCUCCCUCAACCACCACCACCUCUACACCAUCAGCCACACUCAGGUGACCCAAGUGCCAGUGGAGUUCUGUGAGCAGUACAGCAGGUGUGGGGAGUGUCUGAGCUCUGGAGACCCUCACUGCGGCUGGUGUGUUCUCCACAACAAGUGUAUGAGGCGGGACAGGUGCGAGAGAUCGGACGAGCCGUUCCGAUUCGCUGAUGAGAUCGAGCGGUGUGUUAAAGUCACCGCCUACCCAGACAGCAUCGCCAUGUCCGAGCACAGUGUCCCGCUCCUGCUGGAGGUCAGUAAUGUCCCUGACCUCUCAGCUGGUGUCAGCUGCUCUUUCGGAAACCUGGCAGAGGUUGAAGGUCACGUCAACGGGAACAGGGUCAUGUGUCUGUCUCCGACGGCCAAGGAAGUUCCACUCAUACCUGCAGAUCAAGACUGGUCAGGUGUGGAGUUGAGGGUGAUUUCUAAAGAGACUGGUCAGAUGGUGGCCAGCACAGAGGUUAAAUUCUAUAACUGCAGUAUGCACAGCAUGUGUUUAUCGUGUGUGAGCAGUUUGUUCCGCUGCCACUGGUGUAAAUACAGAAACACCUGCACACACGACCCAACCAGCUGCUCGUUCCAGGAGGGACACGUCAACACAUCAGAGGACUGUCCUCAGCUGGUGCGCGGUGGGGAGAUCGUGAUUCCUGCGGGUGAGAUCAGGCCGAUCACGCUGAAGGCCCGGAACCUUCCACAGCCGCAGUCGGGACAGAGAGGAUACGAGUGCGUGUUACACAUCCAGGGCGUCAGUCACAGAGUGACCGCUCUGCGCUUCAACAGCACCAGCGUCCAGUGCCAGAACAGCUCAUAUAUGUAUGAAGGGCUGAAGCUCAGUGAGCUGGCGGUGGAUCUGUCCAUUGUGUGGAACAGCAACUUCAUCAUCGACAACCCGGAGAGAAUGAAAGUACACCUGUAUAAGUGCAGUGCUCAGAGGGAGAGCUGUGGGCUGUGUCUGAAGGCUGACCAGCGCUUCGGCUGUGGUUGGUGUGCCGGAGAGAGUCGCUGUACGCUGCGUAAACACUGCCCGUCACUUGCCGGACGCUGGUUGGAACCGACCGGACACAACAGCAAGUGCACGCACCCUCGCAUCACUGAGGUGACCCCUCUAGCUGGUCCUCCAGAGGGGGGUACACUGGUGACCAUUCGUGGUAUAAACCUGGGCAUGACUCUGUCGGAGCUGCAGGGCAGGAUGGAGGUGGCAGGAGUGCCGUGUUCCGCCCAAUCAGAGGGAUACAUCACCGCCGAACAGGUGGUGUGUGAGAUGGACUCUGCGCUGCCGGUCAGUGGACCCGGUCCUGUUCAUCUGUGUGUGGGAGAAUGCAGACCAGAACUUCGCACACACUCCUCUCAGAUCUAUACAUUCGUGACCCCCAGGGUGUUAGGACUGACCCCAGGCCGGGGACCCAUUUCUGGAGGAACUAAAGUGACCAUCAUGGGGGAACACCUGGACUCGGGCAGCAGUGUGCACGUUCGCUUCGGCAACGAAACCUGCGAGUUUUACAGGCGGAGCGCCAAUGAAAUCGUGUGUUUCUCAGCACCCUCUACGUACGAGGAAGGGUCAGUGGAGGUGCGGGUGAACGUGGACCGAGCUGAACUCAGCAGCAAACUGAGCUUUGAGUACAUUGAGGACCCCACAGUGCUGCGCAUAGAGCCUGAGUGGAGCAUCACCAGUGGUCACACCACCCUGACUGUGACUGGAACAAAUCUGGACGUGGUACAGGAGCCUCGGGUCCGGGUCAAAUAUGCUGGUCACGAGUCUGUCAACGUAUGUAAAGUGGUCAACUCCACCACUAUCAGCUGUUUUGCUCCGUCUCUGAUGGCUGACCACGCCCCUGUCCAGGAAUCCAUAAAGCAUGCUGAUGAAUUUGGUUUCGUCUUCAAUAAUGUCCAGGCCCUGCUGACCUACAACAGCACCAGCUUCAUCUACUACCCAAAUCCCUCAUUCGAGCCACUCAGCCUGACUGGCGUGCUGGAGCAGAAACCCGGAUCACCCAUCAUCCUCAAAGGCAGGAAUCUGGUGCCGCCGGCGUUUGGGGGGUCCAGACUGAACUACACUGUUUUGGUGGGAGACACACCGUGCCCCGUCACCAUCUCUGAGCAUCAGCUGCUGUGUGAGCCGCCCACUCUCAGCGGUCAGCACAAAGUAACGGUUCAGGUUGGUGGUCUCCUGGUGUCCCCCGGUUCGGUCCACAUCCAGUCGGACAGUCUCUUGACCCUGCCGGCCAUCCUCAGUAUCGCGGCCGGAGGUGGGCUGCUCUUCAUCAUCGUCAUCCUCGUCCUCAUUGCGUACCGCCGCAAAUCACAUGAAAAUGACCUCACACUCAAGCGGCUGCAGAUGCAGAUGGACAACUUGGAGUCCAGAGUGGCUCUGGAGUGUAAAGAGGCUUUUGCGGAGCUGCAGACAGAUAUAAAUGAGUUGACGAGUGAUCUGGACCGAGCUGGAAUCCCACACCUAGAAUACCGGACUUACAUCAUGAGGGUCCUGUUCCCUGGCAUGGACGACCACCCAGUACUCCGAGAACUGGAGGUGGCGGGCUGCGGUCAGCAGCGAGUGGAAAAGGCUCUGAAGCUGUUCGCUCAGUUGGUGAACAAUAAGACCUUCCUGCUGACGUUCAUCCGCACCCUGGAGCUGCAGCGGUCCUUCUCCAUGCGAGACAGGGGCUACCUGGCCUCGCUCAUAAUGACCGCCCUGCAGGCCAGGCUGGAGUUCGCCACUGACCUGCUCAAGCAGCUGCUCUCUGACCUCAUCCUGAAGAACAUGGAGAGCAAGAACCACCCCAAACUGCUGUUGCGCAGGACAGAGUCAGUGGCAGAAAAGAUGCUGACUAAUUGGUUUGCAUUCCUGCUUCACAAGUUUCUGAAGGAGUGUGCUGGUGAGCCUCUGUUCAUGCUGUAUUGCGCUAUAAAGCAGCAGAUGGAGAAAGGCCCCAUAGACGCCAUCACAGGAGAAGCGCGUUACUCUCUCAGUGAAGACAAACUCAUCCGUCAACAGAUAGAGUACAAAAUACUGACUCUGAGCUGUGUGAGCCCCGAUAAUGAGAACGGCACUGAGAUCCCAGUCAAAGUGCUGAACUGUGACACCAUCACUCAGGUGAAGGAGAAGAUUCUGGACGCCAUUUAUAAAAACAUCCCGUACUCCCAAAGGCCACGGGCAGCGGACAUGGAUCUGGAGUGGCGUCAGGGUCGCACGGCGCGCGUGGUUCUCCAGGACGAGGACAUCACCACCAAGAUUGAAAACGACUGGAAACGACUCAACACACUCAUGCACUAUCAGGUUUCUGACCGCUGUGUGGUCGCUCUGGUGCCGAAGCAGACGUCGUCCUACAACAUCCCGACAUCGGCCAGUUUCCCUCGCAGCUUCAGCAGAUACGACACGGUUCUCCGCUCGGCGUCGGCUGGCAGUCCGGAGAGCAUGCGCUCGCGGGCCCCGAUGAUUACGCCCGACCUGGAGAGCGGAGUGAAGGUUUGGCACCUGGUCAAAAACCACGAGCACGGAGACCAGAAGGAGGCAGAACGGGGCAGCAAGAUGGUGUCUGAAAUCUACCUGACCCGACUGCUGGCCACCAAGGGCACGUUACAGAAGUUUGUGGAUGAUCUGUUCGAGACGUUGUUCAGCACCGUUCACCGUGGAAGCGCCCUGCCACUUGCCAUUAAAUACAUGUUUGAUUUUCUGGACGAACAGGCAGAUAAACACGGCAUUCAUGACCCCGACGUGCGGCACACUUGGAAGAGCAACUGUCUCCCUCUGCGCUUCUGGGUGAACGUGAUCAAAAACCCGCAGUUUGUGUUCGACAUUCAUAAGAGCAGCAUAACGGACGCGUGUCUGUCAGUGGUGGCUCAGACGUUCAUGGACUCCUGCUCGACGUCGGAGCAUCGCCUGGGCAAAGACUCGCCCUCCAACAAGCUGCUCUACGCUAAAGACAUCCCGCAUUACAAGAGCUGGGUGGAGAGGUACUACGCUGAUAUCAGCCGCCUGCCAGCCAUCAGUGAUCAGGACAUGAACGCGUACCUGGCAGAGCAGGCGCGUCUCCAUUCACAUGAAUUCAACAUGAUGAGUGCCCUGCAUGAAAUCUACGCCUACGUCAACAAAUACAGCCAAGAGAUAAUAGAGGCUCUGGAGCAGGACGAGCUGGCUCAGAAACAGAGGCUUGCCUACAAGCUGGAACAACUCAUCGCUGCCAUGGCAACCGAAAGCUGAUCUGAGAUCAGCCCUCCAGAACAGACGGACGGACGCAGGUCACCUACUGAGAGCAGACCUGACGUCAGCCUACGGUCACAGAGACACCUGCAUUCAUUCACAAAGACAGCAAGACUGAUUUUACUGUCCACUCGGAUACAUAGUGCCAUCUACAGGCCGCUUUGAGGAGUGCGGAACAGGCUCCUGCUGUCGGUCGGGAUUAAAUCAAUCAAACUGUGGCUUUUUAGGAAAUCAGCUGAAGGAAAACUGUCUGAGGCUGAAAUGUGAAGGAAACGGUUAAUGAAGGCGUAAAAUUAUAAUUACUGAAAUAAAUAGAAUUACAUGUUACACCCUUAAGGUUUGCAAAGGAUUCUGGUUUACAUGCAUGGAAGGAAAGAUGUCCCUGCUUAAUUGUUCAUAUUUGUCAGCAUAUUUUGUUGAAAUCAUGUGUUUCAAGGCCUGUCGUGGAUGUCGGAGCACUGCGUGAAUCUGAGAGCUGGAAUAUUAUAAUAAUUGUGGCUGUAGUCCCUGUUCACCACGUUUCGUUGCCAUCAGGUGGCAGAAUCCAGCCGAUUACUGACCAUUCUGCUGUACAACCAGUAAAUAAGCUCUUUAUACUGACCGUGAUUUUAAAUAGUGCUGAAAAUCAUGUCAUUGCAAAACACAGGUUUGUAUGUAUGCAUGUACAUAUGUAUGUAUGCGUGUUGUGUUUACA